ACCACAGACUACACAGCAGACCACAGACAACACAGCAGACCACAGACAACACAGCAGAAAAGACAUCUCAGCAUCUCAAAUAAAACAGAAAUUAUCACAGCGAAAGCACAACAACAAAAUACUGGAAGAACACAGCUUUGACUCGUAACAUCUGAAAGCCGCAAUGAACAGGCCAAACUCCGGAGCAGGACUGGUGAGCGCCUCGCCCUUCACAACCGUCUCAGAGCUUAUCGCGCUGCGCGAGGCCUUUAAGUCCCUGCAGGUGGAAAACUACAAGCUCAAAGAAGAUGUGCAACGAGUUCAACAUCAACUUAAAGAGGAAGAAAAAGGGAAAAUGGAGGCAAAGAUGGAAGUAGAGAACAUAAAGAAGGAGCUGAGAGCAGUAAAGAAAGAAUUAGAAGAAGAAAAAAAAGGAAAAGAGCAUGUGGAGACGGAUGCGGAAGAUCUCAAAAAGAAACUACAGGAAGUGGAAGAAGCCCUAGAGGAGGAAGUCAAAGCAAGACUGGAGGCUAAAGAUGAAAAUAGGAAAAUAAAGGAGGACUUGUUAGAAUUAGUCAAAGCAUUUGAAGAGGUAGAAAGGGAGAUGCAUGAGCGGGCAGAGGACGAAACCAAAACUGUGAUGCAGAAGCUACAGGAAGUGGAAGAAGCCCUAGAGGAGGAAGUCAAAGCAAGUCUGGAGGCUAAAGAUGAAAAUAGGAAAAUAAAGGAGGACUUGUUAGAAUUAGUCAAAGCAUUUGAAGAGGUAGAAAGAGAGGUGCAUGAGCGGGCAGAGGACGAAACCAAAACUGUGAAGCAGAAGCUACAGGAAGUGGAAGAAGCCCUAGAGGAGGAAGUCAAAGCAAGACUGGAGGCUAAAGAUGAAAAUAGGAAAAUAAAGGAGGACUUGUUAGAAUUAGUCAAAGCAUUUGAAGAGGUAGAAAGGGAGAUGCAUGAGCGGGCAGAGGACGAAACCAAAACUGUGAUGCAGAAGCUACAGGAAGUGGAAGAAGCCCUAGAGGAGGAAGUCAAAGCAAGUCUGGAGGCUAAAGAUGAAAAUAGGAAAAUAAAGGAGGACUUGUUAGAAUUAGUCAAAGCAUUUGAAGAGGUAGAAAGAGAGGUGCAUGAGCGGGCAGAAGACGAAACCAAAACUGUGAAGCAGAAGCUACAGGAAGUGGAAGAAGCCCUAGAGGAGGAAGUCAAAGCAAGACUGGAGGCUAAAGAUGAAAAUAGGAAAAUAAAGGAGGACUUGUUAGAAUUAUUCAAAGCAUUUGAAGAGGAGGAAAUGGAGAUGCAUGAGCGGGCAGAGGACGAAACCAAAACUGUGAAGCAGAAACUGCGGGAAGUGCAGCAUGUGCUCCAAGAAGAAAUUAAAGAAAAGCUGAUGGUCAAAAAAGACUCAGAAGAUCUAAAAAAUGAAUUAUUGGCCACAAAACAAAAACUAGAGGAGGAAAAAAUAGAAGUUUCUAUAAAUACAAACAUGCCCGAGACUGAAAUGACAGCAAAAGAGUGUAAAAGAGCUCUCAAACAGCUCAAACUAGAACACAAAGCAGCCAAGAAGAAUUUAAAAGUGAAAGCAAAAGAGGCCAAAAAGAAACUGAAAGGAAAAGUGAAAGAGGCCGAGCAGCAGCUGCUGAACACAAUGAAAGAGCUGAAGAAGCAGAAGAAAUCCACUAAGACUUGAAGUCCACUUCCUCUUUCUCCUCCUUCCCUCCCUCUCCUCAUCCUUCCCUCUGUCUCCUCCUUCCCUCUGUCUCCUCAUGCCCCCCCUCCUCCCACCACACCUUUCUCUUUAACACCCCUAACCUUCCAUUUUUCCUCCCUCCCUUUCCCUCUAUCUUUCCCAUCUCCUUUUUGACUUGUUUCAAGUUAUAUUUCCUCCCAUUCUUUAGUUAUUAAGUUUCCUUUUUUAGUGAUUGAGUUUCCUAAAUGUUAGUUGUUAAGUUUCUUUUUUUUAGUUGUUGAGUUUCCUAAAUGUUAGUUGUUAAGUUUCCU